AUGCCGGUGAUGAGAGGACUGCUGGCUCCUCAGAACACCUUCUUGGACACCAUCGCCACACGAUUCGAUGGCACCCACAGCAACUUUGUGCUGGGCAACGCACAGGUGCAGUCGCUCUACCCCAUCGUUUACUGCUCAGAUGGCUUCUGUGAGCUCACUGGCUACGCUCGUGCAGAGCUCAUGCAGAAGAGCUGCGCCUGCCAUUUCUUGUAUGGCCCUGAGACCAGCGACCGCUUUACAGCGCAAAUCCAAGGAGCCCUGGAUGACCGGCGUGAGUUCAAAACUGAACUGGUCUUCUACAAGAAAGAAGGCACACAGUUCUGGUGCCUUCUGGACAUCGUACCCAUCAAGAAUGAGAAGGGCGAGGUGGUCCUCUUCCUGGUUUCCCAUAAAGACAUCACUGACAAGAAAAAAGACCAGGAUUCAGAACAAGCACCUGACACAGAUGAGGAGACGGGUCUGGAGGUUCAUCGGGUUACACGGCCCCCUGGCUUUAACGCAAAUCGCCGUCGCAGUCGAGCUGUCCUCUACCACCUUUCGGGGCACCUCCAGAAACAAGAUAAGAGCAAACUCAACCUCAACAAUAACAUGUUCGGGGAAAAACCUCCAAUCCCGGAGUACAAGGUAGCAGCCAUCCAGAAGUCGCGCUUUAUCCUCCUACACUACGGCACCUUCAAAGCCGGCUGGGACUGGUUGAUCCUGCUGGCUACCUUCUACGUGGCUGUCACUGUGCCCUAUAACGUGUGCUUCACUGUGGUGGGUGGGCGAGAUGAAGGCAGCACCCCCAGAAGUCCCCCCAGUGUCAGCGACAUCCUGGUGGAGAUCUUGUUCAUGCUUGAUAUCGUGCUGAAUUUUCGGACAACCUUUGUGAGCACGUCGGGUCAGGUGGUGUAUGAUGCUCGCUCCAUCUGUAUUCACUACGUCACCACCUGGCUUUUUGUGGACCUUAUUGCUGCCCUGCCCUUUGACCUUCUCUACGCCUUCAAUGUCAGCGUGUACUUUGGGGUGCACCUAUUGAAGACUGUCCGUUUGCUUCGUCUGCUGCGACUCCUGCAGAAGUUGGAACGUUACUCGCAGUACAGUGCUGUGGUCCUCACCCUGCUCAUGUCCAUGUUCGCUCUGCUGGCCCAUUGGAUGGCCUGCGUAUGGUACUUCAUUGGACGCAGGGAGAUCGAGAGUCCGGGAUCCUGGGACAUUGGUUGGCUGCAUGAGUUGGCCAAGCGUUUGGGAACACCUUACUUCUUGUCACCUCUGGCCGCACUCUUUCCCACGUCCUCUGGCGUACCCUCAGCCAACAGCAGCCAGUGGAACGGAUCAGUCUCAGAGUCGCCAAGUCAGGGUUCCUGGAACUCUAGCCAGUACGGAGGAAACACGUCAGCCGUCGAUGGCGUGUCACCAGGAGGUCUGGGAGUUCUGGGCGGAGGCCCGUCCAUGCGGAGCAGCUACGUAACAUCACUGUACUUCGCCCUGAGCAGCCUGACUAGCGUGGGUUUCGGGAACGUUUCGGCGAACACAGACUCAGAGAAGAUCUUCUCUAUCUGCACCAUGCUCAUUGGCGCUCUGAUGCACGCCGUGGUGUUUGGCAAUGUGACCGCCAUCAUCCAGAGGAUGUACUCUCGCCGAUCGCUCUACCAUACACGCACUAAAGACCUAAAGGACUUCAUCAGGGUGCACCGGUUGCCCAAAGCCUUGGAGCAACGAAUGCUGGAGUGUUUCCAGACAACCUGGUCAGUCAACAACGGCAUUGAUGUCAGUGAGCUUCUGAAAGACUUCCCAGAUGAACUACGGGCUGACAUCGCCAUGCACCUGAACAAGGAGCUGCUACAACUCCCUCUUUUUGAGUCGGCCAGCAGGGGUUGCCUGCGCUCACUGUCGCUCAUAAUCAAGACGUCGUUCUGCGCACCUGGCGAGUUCCUCAUCAGGCAAGGAGACGCCCUGCAGGCCAUCUAUUUUGUGUGUUCGGGUUCCAUGGAAGUCCUGAAAGACAACACUGUACUCGCCAUACUGGGUAAAGGAGAUCUGAUUGGCUCCGACUCGCUAACAAAGGAGCAAGUGAUCAAGACCAACGCCAAUGUCAAGGCGCUGACCUACUGCGACCUGCAGUACAUCAGCUUGAAAGGCCUCCGAGAAGUGUUGCGACUGUACCCGGAGUAUGCCCAGAAGUUUAUCAGUGAGAUCCAACACGACCUCACCUACAACCUGCGGGAGGGCCAUGGCUCAGAUGCCGACUGGGAGAGUAACGGUGGCCUGGUGAAGAAGCUGCCUUCAAUCCGGGAAGAUGAGGAAGGUGGCGAUGAGGAGCAGAAUUUAGUGUCCCGGGCACCCCGUUCACCUCUGCGCCUCAGUCGGGGGCUUAACUCGCCACUGCGUUCACCGUUGUUACCACCGAGGCCCUUUCGUGCCCCUGCCGAGCAGUCCCGCCCUGUUACCUUGCAGAUACCAGUACUCAGCUUUGCAGGCGCGCCUGCAGAGCUCAGCCCCAGGUUUGUGGAUGGCAUCGAAACGGAGAACAAUUCCAUGUCAUCUCAGAAGUUUGAGUUCAGUCCAAGCAUGUCACCUGCAGCCCCAUCCUCCCCAUACCCAGGCGGUCGGGAGUCAACUGAGAUCAAGCAGUGUGUGUUCAAGUUGACAGAAGAGAUGAACAGCCUGUCGAGACAAGUGUCCAAACUCAGCCAGGAGAUUCAGGAAAUGACACAGCUGCUCAAGCCCCUCCUUCAUAGAGCGCCGCAGCCCCUUUUGGUGACCGCUGUGCCGAAUUUGACCCCGCCCCCCAGCAGCAGCACCAGCCGGCUGUCGGCCAGCGCCAGCCUGACGGCGCCGGCUCCCAUUACGCCGUGUUCCCUCCUGAGACCGGACAUUCAUUCCCUGUUGGACAGUGGGGAUGUGGAAGGGGUGGACCUGCCGCAAUGCCUUCUGCCGACUCCUCACUCACCACAAAGGCCUCAUCCCUCAGCACCCCCUUGCAACAAUAUCCCCUUGCCAAAGGAAGGACUUUUUGAGGGGUCCCCGAUUUCCGGUACAUUUAUGUCCUCGCCGCAGGACUGUCCAACACUAGCGUCCGGCACGCCAUCACCAUCGCUUUCUUUCUCCAUGUCUCUUUCCUCCUCUUCAUCCCUCUCCUCCUGUCGCCCAUCGCGGCAGGCCAGUUGCGUUGGUCACAAUAACCUGCUCCCUCCGCCUCCCUCUCAGGACACACCUCCCCCACCUUGGCCCCCACACUUUUCCGCGCCACCAUCUCUGGCAUCCUCACCCGGCGACCGUUGUUUGAGACCAUCUCCAUCCACCCCGCUGGUGACCCCCGUCGUCGCAGCUCACCCUUGCCUCUUUUCCUUGCCUUCGUCUCUAGAAUCAGCGAGCACAAAUCCCGUAGAACUCCACCUCAACCGGGCUUCUAACCGGCAUGUUCGCCAACAGACCGGACCGGGUGACAGUGCUCCUCAGGAGAUGGAGAUGCAGCAAUGGCGGGCCGAGGCAGGGGAAGGGAGGGCCUCUUCGGAGCAAAUCAGCUUUAUCGAUGAAGAUGAGCCGGCGGAGUGA